AUGGCAAAUUUAACAUAUACAAUGUAUAUUAAUACAACUUCUCUAUCUCCACAAUCAACAGUAUCCAUUGAUUAUAAUGCAUUAGGAGAUCGUAUUGGUACAAUAAUCUAUUCUAUUAUAUAUAUGUUAGGAUUUAUCGGUAAUUUACUUGCUCUUAUUACAUUUUCUAGUAAUCGUAUGCGACAAAUUUCAAGCAGUAUAUUUCUUCUUAUACUUUCGAUUUGUGAUACAAUUGCACUUAUAACAUCAUUAUGGUUUUUUUUGGCAGAUGCAUUUUCUAUUCAAUUACAAAAUUAUUCAGCACUUGCAUGUCGUUUUCGAACAUUUUUUGCAUAUGUAUUUAUGGAUUUAUCAUCAUGGUGUAUUGUUGGUUUAGCAUUCGAUCGUUUUUUACGUACAGAAAUACCUUUACGUGCUAAAAUUAUUUGUACACCACGUAAUGCAUUAAUUAUGAUUUUAAUCUUUUUUCUUAUUCUAUGCGGUAUUAAUGGACAUUAUUUUUCAGCUGGUAUUGGUCAAGAACGUGGUGGAAAUCGAACAACAGCACAUUGUUUAGAAAAUCGUGAUGAAUAUCCAAAUUAUUAUUUUUUCUAUAAAAUUAUAUGGCCGAAAAUUGAUAUGAUCGUUUUUUGUUUUUUACCUGCUUGUAUAAUGAUAUUUUGUAAUGUACGUAUUAUUUGUAUACUUCGACGACAACGUCGACAUUUUGAAAAUGUUGGAAAUGAAAAUGGACAUACAAAAAUAACAAAUAUACAACAAACAUUAAAUGGUAGUCAGACAAUUAAAAAAAAACCCUUAUCACAUAGAAGAUCUAUUGAACGACAAAUGUCAUUAAUGAUGUCAUCCUGUGUUAUUGUAUUUCUUUGUACAACAGUACCAGUGACAAUUUAUCUUAUUUUACUUGAACAAGUUAUUGUUAAAUAUCCAGAUUUUGCUCGAGAUAAUGCUUAUUAUGUAUUUGUAUUCCGUAUACUUCGUGCUAUAAUGUAUAUUCAUUUUGGUUGUAAUUUUUAUUUAUAUUGUUUAACAAGUCGAAUAUUCCGUGGUGAAUUUUUACAAACUAUAACAUGUCGAAGAAUAAUGAUUAAUACAAAUCAAGAUGCAACCACAAGUUUUGUACUCAAUAAAAUUGUUGAUGCAUCAAAUGUAUAA